GUGUAGCGAAGUAGCAUUUGAGUAGAGUUGCUCAGAGGAAGCCAAGGAGGUUGGUGUUUGUUUUCUUCCUUUUAUUUCUCAUGCCCACCUGGCCAAGGUAAGGAAUAUGAAAUAAAACAAUGAACAUGGAAUAUGGUAUAGAAUAUGGUUGGUAACAAGCGAGGAAGGAGAAAGGUAGAGUGAGGCGGGUUUGAAAUCCCCUCCAGCAUGGUCAUACCGGAGACUUGGGCUGGGUGGUGGGAAGGCAGAAGUGAGGACUCUCUCCCUCCCUCAUCUUUCUCCUUUGUGUCCCCAGUAGCUGGCCCCAGUAGGCACCAUGGCUUCUGCGGAGCCCCUGACAGCGCUGUCCCGCUGGUACCUGUACGCCAUCCAUGGCUACUUCUGCGAGGUGAUGUUCACGGCGGCCUGGGAGUUCGUAGUGAACUUUAACUGGAAGUUCCCGGGGGUCACAAGCGUGUGGGCCCUCUUCAUCUAUGGCACCUCCAUCCUCAUCGUGGAACGCAUGUACCUGCGCCUGCGGGGCCGCUGCCCCCUGCUGGUGCGCUGCCUCAUCUACACAUUCUGGACCUACCUGUGGGAGUUCACCACCGGCUUCAUCCUGCGCCAGUUCAAUGCCUGCCCCUGGGACUACUCCCAGUUCGACUUUGACUUCAUGGGCCUCAUCACCCUGGAGUACGCCGUGCCCUGGUUCUGUGGGGCCCUCAUCAUGGAGCAGUUCAUUAUCCGCAACACCCUCCGCCUGCGUUUUGACAAGGACGCCGAGCCUGGGGAGCCAGGCAGCCCCCUCGCCUUGGCCAAUGGCCACGUCAAGACUGACUGAGUGGGGAGCUGGCGGGUGGGGUCUGGGGAUCUCUCAUAGACAAAGACCAAGCAGGUGAGGUUGGCCCCUUCUGUACAGCACAAGCCCCGCCCGGCCUCAGUCAUGCGGGGCACAUAUAGCCUCCAUACCCUCCUCUGUAGACUGUCUGUGGGAGGGGGCCUGGUCACGUGUCUUUGGUGGCAGGAUGUGGAGGCCACAGAGGGACAUUGGGAAGGGACAAUGGAUCACGGCCCAGCUCAGAGGAUGGCAGCGGGAGGCCUGUGGCUGAGCAGCAGUGGGACUACAUGGGUGACUGUGGAAGCAUCGGGCCCUGUCCUGGCUAAGGGACUUUGA